AAAAAUAUGAAGAGCACAGCUAGAACUUUUUAUAAUCAAGCGCUUAGAUGCACGCCAGCCUUGGCUAGACACCGUGCCUUAUCGCCCUUACAUGGCUUCACAAACACCUUUUGAAGGUUUCAAUGAUUUUACUGAAGAGUUCAGAAAAUUGAAUGAAUUCAGGCCAUCACUCGAUAUCAAAGAAACUGAAGAGGGAUAUACAGCCCAGCUCGAUCUUCCAAGUAUGACAAAAGAAGAUGUCGAGAUUACGCUCAAUGAGGGUGUACUCACUGUUGAUGCAAAGAACACUGUCGAUGAGAAGGAAGCUGGUAAAUGGCACCUCCGCGAGAGGAACUACAGCCAACAGCAAAUCACGCGUUCAUGGAGUAUUCCAGCAGGCGUCACUCAAGAGGACAUCAAGGCUCGACUCGAUAAUGGCGUGCUCACGAUCAGCUACCCUAAACCAGAAGAGGAGCCAGUCAAGAGAAUUUCAAUCGAGUGAACAAGUAGUAAACGAACACUACACGAAUUUUUUGUAUCAAUAAUAUUAUAAAUAAUGAUAUACUGUAAUGGUUUGGUAAUCUAGUUCUCCC